AUGAACGGCAGACCCACGCAACGGAAUGCAUUCCAACGGUUGGAGAAGCUCGGUGAAGGCACUUAUGCAACUGUUUUCAAAGGGAGAAAUCGUCAGACCGGUGAGCUGGUGGCUUUGAAAGAGAUCCAUUUAGACACAGAGGAAGGCACUCCAUCUACUGCAAUCCGCGAGAUCUCUCUGAUGAAAGAGCUCAAACAUGAGAAUAUCCUCUCUCUUUAUGACAUCAUCCAUAUUGAGAACAAGUUGAUGCUCGUUUUCGAAUUCAUGGAUAGGGACCUGAAAAAGUAUAUGGAGAUGCGGGGUAACCAUCUCGACUAUGCCACCAUUAAGGAUUUUAUGCACCAACUACUGCGAGGUGUUGCAUUUUGCCACCACAAUAGUGUCCUUCAUCGGGACCUCAAACCCCAAAACUUGUUAAUAAAUGUUGGGGGUCAACUGAAGCUUGCGGACUUUGGUUUAGCACGAGCUUUUGGAAUUCCGGUCAAUGCAUUUUCGCAUGAGGUUGUCACUCUGUGGUAUCGUGCUCCAGAUGUACUUCUUGGAAGUCACAUGUAUAAUACCAGCAUUGAUAUAUGGUCUGCAGGAUGUAUCAUGGCUGAGAUGUACAUGGGACGUCCAUUGUUUGCCGGAUCCACGAAUGAGGAUCAACUGCAGAAAAUCUUCCGAAUUAUGGGCACGCCUUCAGAGCGUUCUUGGCCUGGGAUCUCACAGUUCCCCGAGUACAAGCCGAAUUUCCCUGUAUAUGCCACUCAGGAAUUGAGCCUCAUACUUCCACUGGCUGAUCAUGUGGGUCUUGAUCUACUUAAUCGCAUGCUGCAAUUACGGCCCGAAAUGCGGAUAAGUGCCGCUGACGCUCUCCGCCAUCCCUGGUUCAACGAUCUGCCCCAACUUCGAUAUCAGAUGCAAUAUCAGCCACAUUAUCAACAAAAUUAUCAACAAAGUUAUCAGCAAAAUCAUCAGCAAAAUCAUCAGCAAAAUUAUCAGCAAAACUAUCAGCAAAAUUAUCAGCAAAAUUAUCAGCAAAACUAUCAGCAAAACUAUCAGCAAAAUUAUCAGCAAAAUUAUCAGCAACAUUAUCAGCAACAUUAG